UCUAUUGAGAUACAUAAUUAGCUCUCGAUAUAUCUAAUGAAGAAAUAUAAUUAAUUAAAAUUUUUAUAAUUUCUUUACAAGGAUGAAAAUUUGUAUAAGUAGGAUAAAUUAUUGUGUAUGUUGAUAUUAUUUAAAUAGGCUUCCCGCUUUCACUCACCAUUUUAAAUAUUUAUAAUACACCUCUGCCUUGUCACGCAUAUCGAGAGCUCGAGUGCAUUAUAAUUAUGUCAUGCGCAAACCUGCGACGAAUAAUAAACAUCAGUUGGAAUCUAAGUUACACGGAUUCUUCACUUUCGAUACUAAAUUCGUGUCUGAUUCUCCAAAAAUACACGACUUUUAUGGAACCCCACGUGCACCUGCCGACAUUUUUGAAGAGUCCGAGCAACAUAGGUUGGAAUAUCAACGAAGAACCUUAUUACAAUUACCUAGCAAUUCUUGAUGCUUGCAUUGAAACUAAGCAAUUAUCAAUAGGCAAAUUGGUGCACCAACACAUUAUUAAGAACAAUUAUUGUAACGAUAAUCGAUCGAAUUUACUAGACAAAUUAACGCGAUUUUAUGUCGCGUGUAGUAGGCUCGAUCAUGCGCACCAUGUGUUCGAUAAAAUUCCUAGCUCAGAUAGGAAUGAGAAAGGUAUAUUAUGGAACCAAAUGAUUAGAGCUUAUGCUUGGAAUGGACCCUUUGAAAAGGCUAUUGAAUUGUAUCAUGAAAUGUUGGAGUGUGGUGUUAGACCGACGAAGUAUACGUACACUUUUGUGAUCAAGGCUUGUUCUGCAAUGCAAGACGUGGAAAGUGGCGUUGAGGUUCAUGAACAUGUGAUGAAGAAUGGGGUUGAUGGUGAUGUUUAUGUUUGUACAGCAUUGGUUGAUUUUUAUGCGAAGUGUGGGUUGUUGGUCGAGGCGAGCCAGGUGUUUGAUGGGAUGCGGACGAAAAGGGAUGUUGUGGCGUGGAAUGCGAUGAUUUCAGGGUGCGCGAUAAGCGGUUUGUAUUUGGAGAUGGUUGGUUUGGUUUUGGAGAUGCAAGAAAAUGGUGUAAGUCCCAAUUCGUCUACGAUUGUGGCUAUUCUUACUGGUGUUGCGGAAGGUAAUAAAUUGCGUGAAGGGAAGGUUGUUCAUGGGUAUUCUAUAAGAAGGGGCUUUGUCGAUAGUGUAGUUGUUGACACUGGGAUUUUGUAUGUGUAUGCAAAAUGUGGUUGGUUGAACUACGCGAAGAGGAUUUUUAGAUUCAUGAGUUUUAAGAAUGAGAUCACGCGGAGUGCUAUGAUAGGAGCAUAUGUAACGUGUGAUUCUACGCAAGAAGGAUUGGAACUGUUUGAGCAUACAAGGAUGGAAGAUACCGAGUCUCCUUCUCCGGUCAUGCUUGCCACGGUCAUUCGAGGUUGUGCUAAGCUGAAUGAUAUGAGAAGAGGAAGAAAGAUGCAUGGUUAUACCGUAAAGUUAGGGUCCAAUUUGGAUUUAAUGGUGAGUAAUACUCUUCUUUCUAUGUAUGCAAAAUGCGGGAGAAUAGAUGAUGCGCUUACCUUCUUUGAGGAGAUGGAGUUAAAAGAUUCUGUUUCUUUCAGUGCGAUAAUUGCAGGGUGUGUCCAGAAUGGUCAUGCAGAAGAAGCUUUGAGUAUUUUCCGGAUGAUGCAAUCGUCUGGGGUUGAGCCGGAAUCUGCAACAGUAAUGGGAAUUUUACCAGCUUGUUCACAUUUGGCUGUUCUACAACUUGGAGUUUGUACCCAUGGUUACUCAAUAGUGCGUGGAUUUACAGAGGAUGUUUCUGUUUGUAAUGCUCUAAUUGACAUGUACUCCAAAUGUGGUAAAAUCGGCAUAGCUAAGAUUGUCUUUGAUAAGAUGAAUAAAAGGGAUGUCGUCUCAUGGAAUGCAAUGAUUGCUGGAUAUGGAGUUCACGGUCGUGGAAAGGAAGCAAUUACACUGUUCAAUGACAUGCAGUCCGAAGGUCAAAUGCCGGAUGAGAUUUCUUUCAUCGGUCUCUUACUUGCUUGCAGCCAUUCGGGUCUUGUUGCUGAAGGGAAACAUUGGUUCUUCAGUAUGUGUCAAGAAUUCAAGAUUAGCCCUAGGAUGGAUCAUUACUUGUGCAUGGUGGAUCUUUUAGGGCGUGCUGGUCUUUUGGACGAGGCGUAUUGUUUCAUCAAGAAAAUGCCUUUUAUGCCCGAUGUCCGUAUCUGGAGUGCCUUGCUUGCUGCGUGUAGAAUCCAUAAGCAUAUCAUACUAGCAGAAGAAGUAUCUAAUAAGAUCCAAUAUCUAGGACCAGAAAGUCCAGGAAAUUUCGUUCUUUUAUCUAAUUUGUAUACUACUGCUGGGAGAUGGGACGACGCUGCUCAUGUUAGAGUUAAGCAGAAAGAUUCUGGCUUUAAGAAGAGCCCAGGAUGUAGUUGGAUUGAAAUAAACGGCGUUGUCCAUGCAUUUGUUGGUGGGGAUAUGUCCCACCCUCAGUUCGCUAAAAUAAAUGAGAAACUGAAGGAACUUCUGACAGAAAUGAAAAAAUUGGGGUAUAGUGCAGAAUCCAGUUUUGUCUAUCAAGAUGUUGAGGAAGAAGAGAAGGAACAGAUUCUGCUUUAUCACAGCGAGAAACUUGCAGUUGCAAAUCUGGAUCCUAGCAAGUCCAUACUCGUUACUAAGAAUUUACGAGUUUGUGUUGACUACCAUAGUACACUGAAAUAUAUAACUCUAAUUACGAAAAGAGAAAUUACAGUGAGGGAUGCAAGUCGAUUUCAUCAUUUCAGAGAUGGAAUAUGCAGCUGCGGGGAUUUCUGGUGAAGAAAAAAGAUUGGAACUGUUUUUGUUGCUUAGUGUAGACUAAGUUUCUUCCGAACUCUACUAAUGCAGCACUGCCUAUCUAGACGUGGUAGCUGAACUGUAUUCAAAGAUGAUACUCCCUCCAUUUGAAUUUGUUCAUCUGGUUUUGACUUGGCACGAAGUUUAAGAAAGUAAGAAGAUUUGACGGAUGCAGCAUGUACUGCUUCGUGCUCAUGAAAACUCAACAUCACAGAGUUUCUUAUAAAGAGCCUAGUCUUACUGUUGGAUAUCUGGUAUUUACUUUUGAUCAGUAACAUCCUGGAGCUUCUUAGAACGUACACCAUGGUUGGCACAUGCAUCAGUGAUCAAAGUUUUUGAUAUUAUGAACAAUCGAUCCUGAUGAAACUUGGGCAAAUGCCGGAUUUCUGCCAUUAUACAGCAUGCACUUCAAGCUUUGAUUUUGAGCUAGUCGUUGUAUCCUUCUCAUUUGCUUCCAUCCUUGUACUGAAGCAUAUGAGAAGGAUAGAGGAGAUGCACGGAGAAGUGAGAGGUUGGCUAUGGAUGGUUUCCGAAUUGAGGUAGGUGUAGGCCAAGGAAGUCUCGGGGAGAGGUGAUCAGACUAGACAUGCCGCAACUUUUGUUUAUCAACGACAUGACCUUAUAUAGGAGAUUAUGGAGGAUACAUAUUAGGGUAGAAGGUUAGUAUGUAGUUGUGGUAGUUGUGUGCAGUCUCGCCUGUCCUUCCAUACUAGCAGUCCUAGUACUGCUCUUGUAGGUUCUUGUUCCUUCGAUUUUUGUUACUAUCGUAUUAUUUGUUUAAGUUACUGAUGCCUUUUCAGUAUGCUUUAUCAUGCCUUGUGUAGAAUUUUGUUUUGGUUUCUUCGCUCCUGUUAUUUUCUUGAACCCCUAUUGGAACAAACCUCUCUACUUCCCAAGUUAGGGGUAAGGUCUGCACACGUAC